CCAUCUUCCUAACCCGACAUUAAUCAACGCGAGAGGUGAAUGCACUAUCUCCUCAUGGAAGGCCAAACUAUUUUGUUCCUUUUGUCUAUUGUUUUCUUCUUAUCAAUCCCCUCUACAGCAAUAGACACCAUCAAUGCCACUGAAUCACUAAAAGAUGGGGACACCCUGAUCUCAUCAGAAAGCCAUUUUGAGCUGGGUUUUUUUAGUCCUGGAAAUUCCAGAAAUCGGUACGUGGGAAUAUGGUACAAGAAGAUAUCUAGCUUCACAGUAGUAUGGGUUGCCAACAGAAAUACUCCUCUAAAUGAUUCAUCAGGAAUGUUGAAAUUUGUUGACCAUGGAAAUCUUGCCAUUAUCAAUAGUACAAAUGGCACUAUUUGGUCCUCAAAUAUAUCAAGGGCAGCAAUCAAUCCAGUUGCACAACUUCUGGACACAGGAAAUCUAGUUGUGAGAGCUGAAAAUGACAAUGAUCCUGAAAAUUUCUUAUGGCAGAGUUUCGAUUAUCCAGGCGACUCGUUUUUACCAGGCAUGAAAUAUGGUAUAAGCUUCGUGACCGGCCUCAAUCGAUACCUGACAUCCUGGAAGAGCCCCAGUGAUCCUUCUACAGGUAAAUAUACAAAUAAGCUUGAUCCAAAUGGAUUGCCACAGUACUUUUUAUCUCAGGGUUCAGUUGACCAGUUCAGGUCAGGACCCUGGAAUGGACUGAGGUUUAGUGGUAUGAUAAAUUUGAAGCCAAACCCAAUUUACACAUUUGAGUUUGUUUUCAAUCAAGAGGAAAUAUAUUACAAGUAUCAAAUCGCUAACAGUUCAGUUCUUUCGAGGAUGGUGUUAAGUCCUGAUGGUGUCCUGCAGCGUUUCACUUGGAUUGAUCGAACUCAAGAUUGGAACCUAUACUUGACAGCAAAUAUGGAUAACUGUGACAGGUUUGCAUUAUGUGGUGCACAUGGUGUUUGUAACAUCAACAACUCCCCAGCAUGUGAUUGUUUGAAAGAGUUUGAGCCAAAAUCCCUGGAAGAUUGGACAGCUGCAGAUUGGUCACAAGGAUGUGUUCGAAAGGUCCCAUUGGAUUGCAGCAAUGGAGAAGGUUUUAUAAAAUAUACUGGGAUUAAAGUGCCAGACACACGGAAGUCUUGGUAUAACAAAACAAUAAACCUUGAAGAAUGUGAGGAGGUCUGUUUGAAGAAUUGUUCUUGUACAGCUUACGCGAAUUUGGAUGUUAGAGAUGGAGGAAGUGGGUGUGUUCUGUGGUUCGGUGACUUGAUUGAUAUCAGGCAAUACAACGAAAAUGGGCAAGAUAUCUAUAUAAGGAUAGCUGCUUCUGUAAUAGAUAAACUUGUCAAAUCCAGAGGGAAGAAACGAGUACGGAUCAUUGUUAUUCCCGUAUCAGUAGUGGCAUUUUCCCUCCUAGCCCUUUGUCUGUUCUUGCGUUUCCUGAGGAAAAACAAGAAACAGCAGCUAACAAGAGAAGGAAACGUGGUAACCAAUCCAGAGCAAGACUGCACCAAGGAAAGCAGAAAUGAAGAUUUAGAGCUACCACUGUUUGAUUUGGCUACAUUAACAGAUGCAACCAAUUGCUUUUCGAUAAACAACAAGCUUGGCCAGGGUGGUUUUGGACCAGUCUACAAGGGUAUACUGCAAGAUGGACAAGAAAUAGCAGUGAAGAGGCUAUCUAAAAGGUCAAGACAAGGAAUACAUGAGUUCAAAAAUGAAGUUGUAUGCAUUGCCAAACUUCAGCAUCGCAACCUUGUGAAGCUUUUAGGAUGCUGCAUUGAACUAGAAGAAAGGAUACUGAUAUAUGAAUACAUGCCAAACAAAAGCUUGGACUCUUUCAUUUUUGAUAAAAGGGGAAACAUGUUGCUGGACUGGACUAAGCGCUUCCCCAUUAUCAAUGGGAUUGCAAGGGGACUUCUUUACCUUCAUCAAGAUUCAAGACUCAGAAUCAUACAUAGAGACUUAAAAGCAAGCAAUAUUUUGCUGGAUUAUGAGAUGAAUCCAAAAAUUUCAGACUUCGGCAUGGCUAGGAGUUUCGGAGGGGAUGAAACUAGCGCAAACACAAGCAGAAUUGUUGGGACAUAUGGUUACAUGUCGCCAGAGUACGCAAUCGAUGGCCUCUUCUCAGUGAAAUCGGAUGUAUUUAGCUUUGGUGUUUUGGUACUAGAGAUAGUGAGUGGAAGGAAGAAUAGAGGAUUCCGUCACGCAGAACACAAGCUCAAUCUUCUUGGACAUGCAUGGAUGCUACAUAAGGAAGGAAGACCCCUGGACUUGAUUGAUGAAUCUAUUGUAGACUCAUGCAUUAUAUCAGAAGUCUUGCGAUCAAUCGAAGUAGCACUAUUGUGUGUUCAAAAAAGUCCUGAAGAUAGGCCUAAAAUGUCAAAUGUGGUUCUAAUGUUGAGCAGUGACAUUGUUUUGCCUCAGCCCAAGGAGCCUGGUUUUUUCACUGAAAGGGAUCUGUCGAAUGAUUCUUCGUCAACAAUCAAGCAUGAAAUCUCUUCAGUAAAUGAAUUAACCUCCACCUUGUUAGAGGCUCGGUAAAACUUGUGAUAGUUCGGAGAUAUUCAACAUUCUCUCUCUCUCUCUCUCUCUCUCUCUCUCUCUCUCUCUCUCUCUCUCUAUUUCUUUCCUGAGAACGGCUGCGCACUUUGGAUCUAAGAGAAACAAAAGAUGGUUGCAUAAUGAUUAACUCUUUCAACUGCA